UCGCCUUAAAGCCCCGUUUAUAUUCAAGGUUAAUGAUGAGAACACCCAGAAUGCUCUCAACAGUCAAAAUUGCUAAUUUUGGUCAAAGUAUUGGUGGAGAGAAAGCUCCUAUAGAGAAGGUUAAAGUGAUGCGAAAGUUCAAAUUUAAUUAUCUCCAUAACCUUCCAUAUGAUCUUUCAGGCACUCAUGCAAUUCCAAAACUGCAGGAAAGAAAUUUAGUUGAAGUUUUUCUUGACUACAAGGUAAUAGAUGAUGAAUUCCUUACUGAUAAAUUCCAUGAAAUGCUAGUUGACCUCUACACUGCAAUAUCUAAUAAAGAUAAUGAUAAAAUUUCUAGCCUUACAGAGACACGGUUUUGAGAGAGAAUUCAGAAUUCCGCUAGGGAAACCGAGGAGUCUCUAGAAUUCAUCCCUAACGAAAUCCCUCAUAUCGAAAGGGCUCCAGAAGACCAGUCAUAUAUCUUUGAUAAAAUUUUUGAAAAAGGGGUAUUCUUUGAUCGUGAAAAGAAUGAUACUAAUUAUGACUACUUCUUGGAUAAAAUGUUUGAGUCUGAAGGGAUUAGGUACUACCAACAUAAAUACAUUGCUGAUCAUGAUAUUCACUACUAUCUUGCCAAAUAUGAGCAGCAGCAUCAAGACCGUGAAGCUAGAUUCAACUACAAAUAUUUUGCAGAAGAAAGAAACCGGUCAAUGGUGUUGAGAGUUUAUGGUGUUUUCAAAAAUCUUGGAAGGUUUAAAAAUCAAGGUAAAGACCUAGUCUCUAAGAAAUACACUGGAAAUCACAUGGUUAUCUUUGAAAACCAACUCCAUGAGUCUGAUAUUCUUGAACUAACAGAUCCUGAUAUGGAAGAAUGGAUUAAAAACUAUAAAAUCAACCAUAAUAACUGGAAAAUUACUGAUAUUGAUAACUACAUGAAAGGUAACCCAUUCUUUAGUAAAAUGAUGGACGCUUCUGAGUUCAAAGAUUUUGUUUCUCAGGUGAAGAAGAAAAAUAUUCCGACAGAAAAAGAUCUACCUAAAACCAUAGGAAAGUACAAUCUAUUAGAUGAUGCUGACCAGAGAGAUGACGAACAGAUCAAGAAAAUGGAGGAGUUUUUGGCAAAGAACAGUAAUUUUGGAAAAUAA